CAAGUAUCUUAAACCACUUUUAAGAGAAAUUACUCUGAUACUAUACAGAGCCAUCAACCCACGACGACAUCAACAGCUCUAAUUUUGGAUUAGCUCUUGACAAUUCAGAGCAGUCACGUGUAUCUCUAGCGCUUGUUUUGUUGACAUGCUACGCGAUUCCUUCCGCAUUGAGCACCCCACACUAUUUACUCAAACUUCGCACGAGAACCGCAAAAGGCACACUUAAAUCCCCGCACUCUUCCUCCAGACGCCUUAUCAAAACAUAGUAAUCGUGAUCGCAUUCAGUAGACAACAUAUAUCACCAUGUCCGGGGUAGCAAAUUGGAUCAAGGCGCAACGAAAGGGGGAUUUGAUGGAGCUUGCGGAUUCCAUUGGACUUAAGUAGUAUGAGACACCGCAUACCUCAUUAACUUUUCAAUAAAACCACUAACAACAAUCCUUUCAGUAUUGAUGGUAUUAAGAAGACAGAGCUUGAGCUUGCGCUCGAGGAUUACCUGGUUGAGAACGAAUCGCAACUAGCCAACGAAACACGACUCAUACCAUAUUAUAACAGAAGAUCCGGUGCAUCACCUGUAAAGAAGGAACCUUCUACCCACGACGAGAUGGAUACAAAAAGGUCGCUGAGACGCAGAACUAGACUUGCGUCUGAAAUUUCAGAGGUCGCGAAUCAAACUACGUAAGUGUUGCGACGCACCCAGCGCGUCCCUCUGUUCAAAUCACUAACACUUUUUAAGUGACGAUUCAGAACCCGAGCGAUCAAUUGCGCGCUCUACUAUGGCUCUUACACGAACUCCUCAAGCUAGCGCUCUUGGGUUCACCUCAAAUGUUCCUCUACCACCAUCUCCGGCCGUCGUUGCAGAUGUUAUCGAUCGCCGCACAGCAGUUUUACGCGCAAAAGCCAAUGAAUACUACAAGGACUUGGGUGUCGUCGAAGCUGUUGAGACUGCCCGUGAAACUUUAUCAAAUGUUGUGGCUCUUGAGUUCAUUAUGCUACUAUCAGAGGCUUUACAACUUCAACCAGAGCUUUUGGAGAACAAAUACGCAUUCACAAUUCCCCCGAUUAAUUUCCUUACUACGACCGAACACGCGGUAAAAAUUCCUGAUUUGUUCCUCUUAUUGACCACAUCGUUUUGGAGUCCUUUCGCCUUGUGGUUAUCCACAAGUCUCUUGCUGCCAUUGUUUGGAGCAUACUUUUUCAACUUGACAAGCAAACCUAGCACGCGAUCCAAGCGAUAUUCAUUUGAUCCAUUGACAUUCAAUAUCGUAAAAGGACUAGUAACAUUCAUAGUCUACGGCCAAGAUGCAACUUUUGGUGGUCUCAUAGACCUUGAGCAAGUGGCUAGAAUCAACUCGGCACUUUAUGGAGGUUACCAAAGCAUCCUUGUUGGAACCGGCAUCGGAAUCCUGUUCACAAUGUACGAUGCCGUUUUGAAAAAAUGAUUAUCUCUGCAGUCAUGGGCUCUCCGCAAGUUACGAGGAUGCUUGCGUAGCGCAAAUGAAAAGUCUAUUUUUGGUCGUCGCCUUUGGAUAUUACUUUUCAGCGGUACCGUGGUUUUUGAGCGAAUCGUUUGUUGGACUGGGUGUCUUAUACUUAGCCAUGCGAGUUGGAGGUUUGCAUUCAUUUUCACUCGCUUCCUUGAUUUCGUCUAUCCUCAAUUGUGCCAACAUGAUCUUCUCUAGUUCGAGAUGCAUUUGGAAGGUGUUUGAGGCGUGGUUGAUUCGGGAUAUUUUAUUUAGGCUGUGUUUUUCGAUUUAUGGUCUGAGGAGUUAGGAAGGCGUAAAGGAAUUGGGUGAUGAUGGGUUGUAGUGGAAUCGGAUGAAUAGCCUACUUUCUGGCUAUUAGUUUCGGGAAAUGGUUUAGGAAAUAUAAAAUUGUCUCA